ACCAGGCCUUGCCUGAGAAGCGGGAGGUCGCGGAAGAAAGGAAGAGCUGGGGACUGCGGCGCAGGACAGAGCCAGUCAAACCCCGCUCACGCCUCAGGAGAGGCCGGGGGAGUCGUCGUUUGACAAGCGCAAGAGUAGUGGGGCUUCACUCAACCACAUCUCCAGGACUCCACCGCAUUGACCCGCGGAAGUGCAGAAUGGCUCACGCUCAAGCAGAGAACGUCAUCAAGAAUAUCAUCCGUGAAAUAGGACAAGAAUGUGCCAUGAAGGGACAAAUCGUAUCUGAAACUCUGGUGGCAUUCAUAGUGAAAGCUGUUGUGUUGGAUCCAAAGAAUGGAUUUAACGUGGACAGGACCCUUACAAAAGCUGAUGUCCAGAAACUUAUUAAGCUUUCCAUUGACAGACUUCUUGACACGAGAAAUCCAUCCCUAGACACUAUCAAGAUGCAAGUCUAUUUUGAUAUGAACUAUACAAACAGAGUUGAAUUAAUUAAUGAACAGCAUCGUGUUCUGGAGUCCAGGCUUGCUCCCGUAAGCAGAGAAAUUACAGAUAACCGUGCUCGUACUCGAGAAGAGCUGGAAAGUGUUUAUCGCAAGAUUGUCAGCUAUGUGCUGCUGCGCUCUGGCCUUGGAUCCCCUACAGACAUCAGGGUCAUUAGAGAAGCAACAGCUGCCCUGCAGAGCGUGUUUCCUCAAACUGAGCUUGCUGCUUUCCUCUCUCUCAGUAAGAAGGAGAAAGAGCGGCAGUUGAAGGAACUUACCAUGAUUGUCACAGGAAUUCGAUUAUUCAACAAGGACUGUGGAAAAGGAGGAGAAGGCAUUGAUGACUUGCCAGGUAUUCUUGAGGAGGCUGUCCCCGCCGCCAGCCAUCAUAUAGACCUAGAGUUACAUGCUUCUCAGGGGUUGGCUUAUCGCUAUACAGCCUUGAUUGAAAUGAUGCACCACAGUCAACAUGCUGAGAUGGAACUAAGGAUGACGAUGUUAAAAGAAGUACUGUACAAUGUGAGGCAACAUGAGGCUUUUCUCUGUGUUAUUCUGUCUGAUGUGAUAACAUGUGCACAAGAAGUUGAUAUGAUGCACAAGCAAUUUGAAGCCCAGAUGGAAGAGCUCAAAACCAUUGUUCGGGCAAAGACAGCUGUACCUACAUCACUUGUUUAUCCUAUUUUUAUUACACUUUCUAACCUUUGGACUAGUUUUCAAGAUGAGAUACUGGUGCUCAGUUUCCUCAACAACUUGACUGUCAAUCUUCAGCAGUUUUUGGGAAUCCAUAUGGUGAUCUUUCCAGAAGAUGUCAUGGAAUCCCUUCUUGAAGGCAUUACCGUGAAAACGGAUAAGGAAAGGUUAAUGGAAAGUGCUGAAGCCAAAGUAAAUCCUGCUGACUUUACUAAAGAAGAAUGGAUCUUUCCAGAAACGACAGUUAACUUUAACCAGCUGGUGAUUCAGUUUCAUGGCUUUUGUGCUUACACUUUUGCUGUGAAAGAUGGUCUCCUCCUCCCAGGAAAUCCAUCUAUUGGAGUCCUGAAAUACAAGGAGAAAUUGUAUGCUUUUAGUUCCAAGGAAGCUGCAUAUAAAUUUGCCGAGAAUCCUGAGAAAUAUAUUAAGAUGACUGCAGAAAAAGCAAAGGAUUCUGCAGAGCUGAUUCAGCUACUUGAGCUUCAUCAGCAGUUUGAGUCCCUUGCUCCAUAUUCUCAGAUCAGAGCUAAAGAGAAAAGCUUGCUGCCAAUCACAAAAUCUGACGUCAGUACUCAGACUGAUACCCAUAUUUUGCCACCAAAUAUUGUGAAGGACUAUGAGUGGAAUGAAUGGGAACUGAGGAGAAAAGCCAUCAAACUGGCUAACCUCCGUCGAAAGCUAACUCAUUCCAUGCAGACCAACCUCAGUCACAUGAGAAGAGAUAACAGCAGCCAGGUCUAUCCUUUGAAGGAUUCAGGCACACAAACCAAACGAGAAAACUCUAGUAAUGUACCCAGACCACAAAUUUUCCUGGCUGGUCUUCGAGGAAGAACACCCCCAACUACUCGUAUGGUCAAAGUGAACUUAACAAGAGCCGUGGAUGAAACCUAAGAGUUGUCAUUCUUUCAAUAAUCACUUAAGGAAAGGAAAUGAACUGUGUGCUAUUCUUUAGCUGCUGAUUUAAAGUUAGCAUUUAAUUAGCAAAGUCUGAGGAAAAGCUUUAAAGAUGUAAUUGAUUGAUAAGCUGCUACAGGUUAGGUCAUGAUUCACAUAUGUCCUCUUACAGCAUUUUUACUGGAGUUUGUAUGGAAUAAACAGCACAAGCUGACUUCCCACAGUUAAUGCUGCUCUCCUUUAGUCAACCACACUUGCUUUGUUUAACAAGUGAGGUUUCCCAUUCUUCCAGGCCAUCUCAACAUGACAUAUUGAUCUGAUUUUCCUUUAAUAAAACCACUAUUUAUUUCUCUCUC